GUUAAAUAAAAAGCACCCAUCCAUAAAAAAAAGCGUCUCACAUGGCUCCUGGGGGGGUGAACAAAGGCCUCCUGUAGCGAAUCAAUUUGUUUUUUGUAAUAAAAAUAUCUAGAUUUAAAAUGUAAUAAUUAAAUGUAGCUUCCACCAAGAGUUGUACAUGGAAGCAGCUUUGGGUGGAUGACGUAUGAGGCCAGUGUUGCACAUGCGCUGGUGAGUCUUGUGAAACCAGCAAAAGUUUCCUUACUUUAGCAAAGGAAAACCAGUCUCACCAGUGUGAAGGAUUGUGUUAAUGAUGUGAGUGCAGGUACAACUGCAGGAGAAAUGGCUUGAAGGACAUGAGAUGGAAUAGGAUCAAGAGGACAAGUAGAAGAAUGAUUAGAAAGGAUAAGUUUGGAGACUUCUGCCUCAGAGAGUGAAGAGAAGGAUGUAUAUGUUUGCUGUGAGGACUGGAGAUCUUCUCUGAGUGAGCUCGGUCCACUCUUGAGCUUAAGGAUGAGUGGGUCAGGGGAGCAGACUGAUAUCUUGGCUGUCGGGAGCAUGGUCCGGGAGCGAUGGAGAGUGUUAAAGAAAAUUGGCGGAGGUGGUUUUGGUGAGAUCUAUGAAGUUCUUGACCAGGUGAACCAUGUCAGUGUGGCUUUGAAAGUGGAGUCUGCCCAGCAACCCAAACAGGUUCUGAAGAUGGAAGUAGCAGUUUUGAAAAGACUUCAGGGAAAAGACCAUGUUUGUCGUUUUGUUGGCUGUGGGCGCAAUGACCGCUUCAACUAUGUGGUUAUGGAGCUUCAGGGAAAAAACUUGGCAGACCUUCGACGCAACAUGAGCUGUGGCACCUUCAGCUUUUCCACCUCGCUCAGGCUGGGCAGACAAAUCUUAGAGGCCAUCGAGAGCAUCCACUCUGUGGGCUUCCUGCACAGAGACAUCAAACCCUCUAACUUCGCAAUGGGUCGACUUGCCAGUACAUGCCGAACCUGUUAUAUGCUUGAUUUUGGGUUGGCACGCCAAUUUACAAACUCAUUUCAAGAAGUCCGUCCACCACGCCAAGUGGCAGGAUUCAGAGGAACUGUCCGUUAUGCUUCAGUUAAUGCUCACAAGAAUAGGGAAAUGGGUCGACAUGAUGACCUGUGGUCUUUAUUUUAUAUGCUUGUUGAGUUCAUGGUGGGUCAGCUACCCUGGAGAAAAAUCAAAGACAAAGAACAGGUCGGAAAUAUGAAGCAGUCAUACAACCAUUGCCUCAUGCUCAAACACCUCCCAAAUGAGUUUAGCGUUUUUCUCGAUCAUAUCUCCAACCUGGAAUACUACACUAAACCAGAUUAUCAGCUACUGAUGUCAGUCUUUGACAACAGCAUGAAGAGCUAUAAAGUGGCGGAAAAUGACCUGUAUGACUGGGAAAGAACAGAUUCAGAGGACACACUCAAUGUUGGAACCCUGGCAACCACAGCCCAGCAGUUGACCCGCCUCACUCCUGCAUAUUUAGGCAUGGCCAAUGCCUCCAUGAUUCCAGGCGAUCUGCAGCGUGAGAACACAGAGGACGUCCUUCAGGGGGAGCGCCUCAGCGAGGCUGAUAAUUGCGCCCUCAUCCCAACGCAGCCUGCACAGGGAGUGGAUGUCUGUGAGGAUAUGGAGCACAGCCAUGACCGAAACCUUAACCAUGUUCAACCACUAAUCAGAAAGGUGGCUAGUGAAGAAGAGCGAAGCAAAGAGGGCAACCAGAGCCCCAACAGUGGUUCCAUCCAGGGCUCUCCCAGACGCGUGCACUCAGAGACCUUGCUCAUCGACCGUGUGGCUCCUCUACUGAGAAGGAUGCGCCAUAGUCAGAGCAUGGGGCUAGACAAAAGACUGACCCCUGAACCCAAACCCACAAUUGAACGCUUUCUUGAGGCCUAUUUAGGGAAGCAACAUCCAGGUCUGCCCCAAGACAGGUCUAUCUGUCGGGUCGAACAAGGCUCGCUGGAGGACGAGGAGGGUGCGGCCAGCAGCGGGUACGUUGGCGUCAACCUCAGCCCCGUCCCACAAGAGGGAGACUCACAGGAGUGGUUUCUAGUGGAGCUUGAGGGUGGUUGCGGUUCAGCAGGAUCUAAACCGGAUGAGGACGAACGCUCAGGGAUUUCACUACGCUCCUCCAGCCCCCUCGCCCUUCCUCGCACCUGGUCCGACCCCUUGCCACAGCGCGCUAGCAUUCUGAGUGGUUCAGCAGAAUUCCACACAGCUGUCUGCCACACUGGACCUCCGUUCGCCAGACUACCAGGUUUGCCCGGCAUAAUAGGCCUGUCUGGAUUAAGAAGACUGCCCACAGUACAGCCUGCAUUUGUGGCCCUCAGCAGGACUCAUCAUGAACAGUCAUCCAGUGCAGUGCUACAGUCCAUUCAGCCUCAGCAGAAGACAGGAUACGACUCUCAGCCUGACAAUCCAUCAGGCCCUGUGGAAAAAGAGCACAACCACAUCCCAGCUGUUUCACCCUCUAAAAGCCCUAACAAGCCUGAUGAAAACAUUAUCUCUGUCAAGGCCUCUGAAAAGGAUGUGGAGAGUGACUCGGGUUGUCCUGACGGUGGGCCUUCUUCAACUCCAAACCAGUGUGAGAUGACUGGACACAGAGUUGAUCCAGCUCUAGCAUCACCCCAUGAACUCUCACCCCGAGCCAGCCGCAUCCCCAUCCGUGACCCAGACUCUCCAACCCCAAGAGGGUUUUCAGCUCCACUUUCUCCAUCUUUGUCACUAUCAUGUGAGCACUUCCCCUCAGCGCUGCUGCGUGACAGGUUCACCUUCCCCACCGGUUCUCGAUGGUCAGACUGGCAGGCGGAGGAGCCACUCUCUCUGUCGUCCUCUUCAGGACCUGUGUCGAGCAAGAGUAAAAUACCAAGACCCAUAAGCCCCACACUACUGCCAGAUCAGCUGUCUGCACGAUUUAUGCCACGGCCGCCACCAGGCAAACCACCCAUUCGCACAGGUGGCGAGAACAGACGCAGAUGCUACCGCAUUCGUGCUAGCAGCACAGGUGACGCAGACCUCUUGGACAGCCUCUCUCAGCUCAUGCAGGAGCGAGGUGCACUGGCUGUCAGCACCUCACAUUACCAACGCACCACCACCUCCUCUCUACAGCGCUCAUUGAGCUCCUCGCCUUCGCAUUUUGAGGGGGGUCACAGCCAAUCACCAAGUAGCUGCUCUGCCUCCCCGCCUCCCAGAAUCAGUGACUUGUCUGUAAAUCACGGGUCUGUGUUCUGCCCCAGAGUCAGAGCAGGAAGUCCUGAGAGCAACACCACCACAAAAACGAGCAAAUAAAAAGAAAAGCAUGUAACUGUUGGUGUGAGCUGUCAAUAUGACAUCAGUUUCAAAAGUAGCUUUUACCGUUUGAUGAACUGUAGCGUUGUGGCAAGUGGUGUUUUGAUAAGUACAGUGAUAAAGGACCAGGUAUUUGAAGGUUGGUUGUGAUAACUUGAAAGCAUCAUGUUUUGGACAUAAGUAAAACAUGAAAUAUUAACAUGUUAAAUGUUCCAGUGAUGAUGUGUAACUUUCUUCUAAACAAAUAUAAUUUGUGCCAUAUAUUUGUAUAUAAUUUAUUUAUUUUUUGCUAUAUAAAUUAUCAGUUUAUUUUCUCUUUUUGCACUUGCAUACCUUAACACACAUUUGAUUUUGAACAUUUACUAUCGGUCCCUAUCAGUGAGAACUUGGGAGCGCAUUGUAUUCUGUCAAACAGAUGCUUAUUUUGUAGGCACUCCAGAUACUCUAGCUUUACAUUUUGUCCUUUUUCUGUUUUUAAAUCAUUGGUCAAAGCGUUUCAGCUUAAAAGCUCAUUUCAACAGAUAGCUACCUAUACCAGGUAAUAUCCUUCAUGUAUAGGUACAUCUGGUGCAAGCAAGCAUGUAUGUAUUUCAGGGAAUGUAUGUACUGUAAACUGUAUCAUCUAAAGAAUGUAUUUAUUUAUUUAUUGGAUGUGGUUACAUACCUGAGGUUGUAGCAUUACUAAUUGCUACUGAGUGAAUUUGCCAUCACAUUAACGGUCAGCAACCUUGAAAUUGCCAAGUAUAAUCUCUUCCAUGCCUGCAAUAUCAUACUAAAAAUCCCUGUAAAUAGUCAUAAUGUCAGUAAGGAACUUACAGAUACAUUGCAGUGAAACACUAAGGAAGGACCCUUAAAGGAACUCUUGCUUCAAACACUAUACAAUAGUGCCAUUACCAUUUUACUUGAAUACAUCAUCAAGAUGUCUGUUUGAUAAAUUGGCUGCUUAUACCAAGAUGCUUCUGCAGUUUUUGGGAUUGAAUUCUCUGUCCUGGCAUUUAUUGAAAGUUGUCUGAGUGUGUGACCCAUGUGAUGUACAAAGAAAGGGACUGUAGAUACCAAAUCAUUACUACGACUUCAUUGUGUGCUGUGCGGACAGAAUAGUUGUUUUGUUCUGGAUGGCCAAUUUUGUUCUCUGGAAGUACUUUUAUUUUAAAAGCACCAGUAUAGGCCCACAACUGUGCUACUCCAGAUGGUUUAUCUUAAGAAUUGUACAUAAUCUGAACUGUAUAUAGAUAUAAAUAUAUGAAGAAAAGGAAAUUCCACCUCAUGCUUCAUGUACUGUAUUUUGCUAACAACCAUUUCAAUCAUGCAAAUAAAAGUUACUAUGUUGUAAUGUAUAUGUAUUCAUAUUAAUGGAAUAAACAAGUACUCUUAAG